AAUUAAACUUGUCUAAAACAAUAAAAAUUAAAAAAUUAUAUAUAAACUUGAACAUAUAAAAAAAAAACAAAAGUUAGUCACCGGGCGAGAUUCGAACCCGUAACACUCGUUUAGCAGUCCGCGUCUUAACCCGCUGAACCAGACGGACAGUGGCCGGCAACACGAAAUUAGCGACCAUAUUCUGCGUCGAAAGAAAAACGCAUGAAAACUCGAAAACACGCGUUUUCCCAAACAUAAGUUUAAUCUAGAUCGAUUGUUAACCCCAAAAAACCCCCAUAUACCAAAUUUCAGCAAAAUCGUUAGAGCCGUUUCCGAGAUCCCGGAAAUAUAUAUAUACAAGAAUUGCUCGUUUAAAGGUAUAAGAUUUUUUCGAUAUUUUUUUGUUUAAAAUAAAAAGGAGCCGUCAAUAGUUAAAUACUUAUAGCAGUGGAAGUGUGGAAACAUCUUUUAGCUGAAUACUUGGAAACUACACAACACAUUUCAUUUAUUAAAAUCUCUACGCGUUGUAAUUUCGUUAUCUUACGACGAGCAAUUAGAUAAAAAUAAAACAGUUUACAAUACAAAAUACCACCAACACCGAUAAGCUGGUCUGUGGAAAAUAAAGGCAUGAACAGCAAAGCAGCAGCAAACACCGUAGGUAAAAUAUCCGGGUGAAAUUUAUCAUAAUAAUGUAACGAAACGUGACCCGGCACCUUCGAAAUUACAACGCAAGCAAUAAUUCAAUCAGACCAGGCUUAACCGGCUCUCUCCAUGUUUACCCAGCACCCUUCUCCUGCGACGUUAUCCCAUGCUAUCACUGUAUCAUAUUAAUUGAGAUUCAUGGAUGUCAAUAAGGUAAAUAAUAUAAAUCAUUGCACAACGUUGUAAUUGAGUAACUGAGUUAUCCCAACGCUCCUUACCUACGCAUACGUAAGGUAAAUAAGGUAUAAAGAUCUCAAUAUUUCAAGAAAUGGUUUCACAUCCUAGCAAGACGUACAGUAACCUAAAUAAAUUAUUUGAUAAAUAAGAUAUUGAAUUGUACUUAAUUAGUUGCGCCUUACUAUACAAACGGCGUAGCCGUGCAAAUUUGAAACACAGAGUUGAGGUUAACAAGCAAGAUAGGAUGAUACCUAACUUAUUUAUUAUGACGAUAUUGUAAGUUUACUUAUUAGAAGAAUAAGGUUGGUCAAAGAAAGUUUAUCUAAAAAAUAAAGAUAUUGGAAUAAAGAAAGAAAUUUGCCCUUUUCCGCGCGAGCAAACCAUAUCACUUGUGUUGAAAAACAGAACAAAUCCUAUAUAGUUCCGUUGAGCCGCUCGUAUCGACUGGUUGUGCGAUGGCGUCAGGGAUAAAAACGCUCAUUUGUUUCGCGGCCGUCACUCUCCUGCGCCCCGGCUCCUGUCGAGACGAAGAUAGGAUCAUGAAAGCAUGCUUCUGGCCUUAUGAGAUAUACGAACCUUGCUUCGGCGGCUGCGCGGAGGUGUCGUGCGACAACCCACGCAACCACCUGCGGCCGUGCUACCCGUACUGCGAGCCCGGCUGUGUGUGCCAGGAGCCAUACGUGCGCGACGACCGCACGCACCAGUGCGUGCUGCCGCAGGACUGCUCUCCAACUCAAAUGGGCAUCCCGGUGCCGACAAGACGUUCUGAAAAAUACAACACAAACCACAACUACAAUAUAAAACGGCACUAUGCGAAAAAAGAAGAAGAGGUUCCAGAAGUAAGAGAAAAUGAAGCAGUUUCGAUAAGUCAGUCGAAUCCACACACGAAGUUCUCGUCAGAUGUUUCGAGGAUGGGGAACUACUUCAAUAUAGUGAUAGCCCCUCCGCCUAUAAGGGCGCUGCAGCCUAGGAAGACAAUGCAGAGUGAAACUCGCAGGGCGCCUAAACGAGUGUUAUAGUUACCUAUUGGAAAUGCGAAAACAAUUACUUGCCAUUAUUAACCCACCAAUGUACUGCUUAUGGAAUAUCUACGACUGGCGAUGGCGGGACUUACGGGGCUUUACCCUUUAAUUAAAGAGUAACACGAACCCGCCGCCAAAAAGCCGCUCCCAUACAAUCAAAGUUACGCUCUCAUUUUAACAUGACAUGCUUAAAUUACAUGAAACGACAUGAACAUUCUUGUAACAUUUACUCGUCUGUUUGGCAUCAGUUUUCAUUGCUAAAAAUUAUAAUAUAAAAAAAUUCAGCGUGUAGAAGUUUAGUAUGAAAACUUAUCGUUUUAAAAUGAGAGCGUAAGUUCGAUUUUACUCGUAUGGCUGCGGCAAGGUUCGUGUGACUCUUAAAUCGUAAUGAUUUUCCUCUAUAACUUUAAGAUCAGUUUUAUUUUUCUACAUGCAUGUAAAUUUUUCGUAGUUUUAUUUUAGUAAAAUUAAUAUGAACCUAGUUUUUAAUAUUCACACUUUCCGGGCGAAGGUGUGAACACGACAAACAAAACGUAUUUAUUAAUUAACAAUUUUGUAGUAGUCUUUGUCAGAAGUUUUGAUGGAGCAAACAAAUUAUAAAUCGUUUGAACUGAGGACUAUUAUUUCACAGGAUAUUUUUAGAGGAAAUAAACGUAGAUGAACUUGUUAUGUGGGUAACAAGUUAAAUAAAAGUUUAAAUAAUAGGAUGUUCAAUUGUUUUAUUUACCUUGGAAUAAUUUAAUUAUCAUUAAAAUACGCCAAAGUGAAUUGAAAUCAUAGAUAUUAAGUCUAUUAUAUCCUCUCUCUAUAGUUAGUUAGUAUGAUUAUAUUACUAGAGGCUUUGUGAGCUAUAAACUUCGUGUAAUCUAGCUUCUACACAUGACUCCCACAGCCAUAGUAAAUUUACCCUCUUUUAAUUCAUUGUCAUCCCAUUUUUCUACUUUUAAAUUAUUUCCGAGCUUAAAUCCUAUCCCGACCCCGUUAUCUUAAAAGAUGAUUUUCAAAAAAACUUUCCUACGUCCAGACAACGUUACUUUACGAAAAAAAACCAUUGAUUGGAGUAUAGGUAUUAGUCACAGCAAAAUGAAGUCAAGAACCAAUAACAUGUUAUCGAGAUGAUACAUGCGUACCUAUGUUUUCCUAUUUCAUUUCAAGAAAACGAACAAAGAUCGUUUCCGCGAUUGGUACUUGCAUUCUUAACUACGGUACCAUAAAAAAAUCGGGCGUAUCUUUUUCUAAACAAAGUUUAGCGUGUAUUCGACGAGUUACAGUAACUAGUAUGGUGCAGAGCAAACGGUGGCCAUUACUGCUUAGACACAUUAUACACAAGUUACUGCCUACUAAAAGUAAACUAUCGGACAUGCGUUCUUUCUUGUUAUUGGCCUUUAUUUUAUAUGACAUCGUGGCUCAGACAACGUCGAGCUACGACUACCAGGAGCUGGAGGGCAAGCACACGUUCACCGACGACAGGCGGAACUGGAGGAAGAAGGCGCUGGACCAGGGUAGUGACGUCGAGAACGUGAUCAGGGGGCAGCGCCGCUACGACGGCGGCGGGAUGAGCACGGAGAUAUACGAGUAAACACUUACCUGUCUUUACAUAAUGUUUUGGUCUCCGGUAGACACCUCACAUUGCAUACAUUCAUAAUAUCAGUCCUUUUUCACCCACUGCUGAGCAUAGACCUCUCUUAGUACACCACUUCUUUCGGUCCUGAGCUAAUCUCAUCCAGUGACUCGCAAUCUUGCAAAUGUCGUCCAUCCACCGAGCGAACAGAUACAAUAUUAUUUUUAUAGAAAACGACACUACUAGGAGGAUGUUUUCUGCAAUUGCAUCGCUCCGCAGACUUCGAAAUUUCUUGCCUUACGCCACUAAAAUUGCGCUAGCUCAAUCUCUCUUACUGCCCAUAUUAGAUUAUACUGACAUUUGCUAUCUUGACCUUACGCAGGAUCAGCUGAAUAAGCUUGAGCGCCUCCAGAAUCUCUGUAUAAGGUUUAUAUUUGGCUUGCGCAAAUAUGACCAUGUAUCUCAGUUUCGUUCUCAGCUCAAGUGGCUUCCUAUUCGUCUUCGCCGUGACUCUCAUGUUCUUGCCCUCCUUUAUGGCAUUCUCUUUAACCCCGCUACACCACCUUAUCUCAAAGAGCGUUUCAAGUAUCUCUCUUCUAUAAGAUUUUCUCAGACUCAUAUUCUUGCUCCUCCCUUAUCUACUUCAAAAUUUUAUAAGAGCUCUUUUACCUUCCGGGCAUAUGGAAUGCUCUGCCAGUAGAAUUAAGAUUAGCUAAAUCUCUCCCCAUUUUCAAAAAUCAGCUGAAAGUAUACUUUCUAUCUCUACCUUAAGUUGCCAUUUAUAUAUUGUAUAUGUGUAAGUAUAAAUAUAUAUAUAUAUAUAUAUAUAUAGUAUUAUAUUAUAUUGUAUAUUUAUUAGUAUAUUAGGUAUUGUUUUAAUACUUAUAUAAGUAGUAUGUGUGUUUGUAUUUAAUAGUCUCCAUAUUUAGCUCCUUGCACUACCUGUUAACUUUUGUAUGAGUUCGAAAUUUCCUGCUACCUAAAGGUUGUCUGGAAGAGGUCGCUUUUUAGCGAUAAGACCGCCUGUUGUUACCUGGUUCUAUUUUCCUUUAAAAUUCAUUUGUAGUUUUAUAUGUAUGUAAAAUGUAUAAUUGUUGGUGCAAUAAAGAAUAUUUACUUACUUACUUACUUACUUACUUACUUUACUACUCAUAG